AUGUCCGAGCAACCUACCAAGGAACCCGUCGAAGACAAGAAGCCCGAGGAAACUUUUUUUGACGACGAAGGCAAGCCCAUUUCCAAGAAGGCUUUCAAGAAGCUUCAAAAGGAAAAGGAGAAGGCCGAGAAGAAGGCUGCCACCGCUGCUCGUCUUGCUGAAGAAAAAGCUCAAAAGGAAGCCGGUGAAGUGGAUUACUCUCGUGAUCGCUAUGGCAAGCUUCCCAUGAACCAGUCUCAGCAACGCACAGGCGCUAAGCGUGAAGAUAUUACCACGAUCAAUGCAUCCCGCGCUGGUGAGAGCGUCAUUAUUCGUGCUCGUGUCCACACUUCUCGUGCGACGGGUAAUAAGAUGUGCUUUUUCGUCCUCCGUCAAGGUGUGUCCACUAUUCAGGGUAUCAUUACGGCCGAUGCCGAUAAGAUUAGCAAGCAGAUGAUCAAGUUCUGUGUUGGUAUUCCCGCUGAAUCUAUUGUGUUGAUCGAGGCCACCGUGGCCAAGCCCGUGGAAGAGGUCAAGAGCUGCACUAUUUCUGAUGCGGAAUUGGCCAUCAACAAGGUCCAUAUCAUUUCCGAAGUCAAGGCACGUUUGCCCUUCUCUUUGGAAGAUGCUUCUCGCCCCGAAACCGAGUAUGAGCAGGAGGAUACUCAGCUUGUGCGUGUCAACUUGGAUACACGUCUCAACAACCGUGUGCUUGAUUUGCGUACCACCACCAACAAUGCCAUUUUCCGCUUGCAGUCGGCUAUUUGCUUGUUGUUCCGUGAGUUCUUGGUCAAGAAAAACUUUAUGGAAAUCCACACUCCCAAGAUGAUUGCCACCGCUUCCGAAGGCGGUUCCAAUGUGUUCAAGGUGUCCUACUUCAAAUCCAGUGCUUUCCUGGCCCAGUCGCCCCAGUUGUACAAGCAAAUGUGUAUUGCUGCCGAUUUUGGUCGCGUUUUCGAAAUUGGUCCCGUGUUCCGUGCCGAAGAUUCCAACACCCAUCGCCACAUGACUGAGUUUGUCGGCCUCGAUAUGGAAAUGGCGUUUGAAGAACAUUACCAUGAGGUGCUCGAUGUCUUGGAUGAAUUGUUCGUUUACAUUUUCACCAACUUGAAGGAACGUUACACCCGAGAAAUCGAAACUGUCAAGAAACAGUAUCCCUUUGAAGAUUUCGAAUUCUUGCCAAAGACCUUGCGUCUCAAGUAUGCUGAAGGUAUCCAGAUGUUGCGUGAUGCCGGUGUCGAGAUUGGCGAUUACGAAGAUUUGAGCACGGCCAAUGAAAAGUUCUUGGGUAAACUGGUCAAGGAAAAGUACCACACCGAUUUCUAUAUUCUCGACAAGUUCCCUCUGGAGGUGCGACCUUUCUAUACCAUGCCUGAUCCGGAGAAUCCCAAGUAUUCCAACUCUUACGAUUUCUUUAUGCGUGGUGAAGAAAUUUUGUCGGGAGCUCAGCGUAUCCAUGACCCCGACUUCUUGGAAGAACGCGCCAAAUUCCAUGGUAUUGAUUUGUCAACCAUUCAGCCAUAUAUUGACGCUUUCAAGAUUGGCGCUCCCCCACACGCUGGUGGUGGUAUUGGUAUGGAACGUGUGCUCAUGUUGUAUCUUGCUCUUGGCAACAUCCGACGCUCCAGUCUGUUCCCCCGUGAUCCCAAGCGCUUGGAACCCUAA